AUGGAGAGGAGCAACCACAAAAGGCAGUCACUGAGGAGCAUUCAUGGACAAAAGAAAGAUAUCAUGUCACAUCAGCAGAUUGAGGCCUACACCUACGAGUUCUGUGACCCAGACCAUCCAGUUGAGCUCCUGGAUGCUCUCAGGUGUUUCUACUUCAACAGACUGUUUACUGACGUCAUCCUACAAUGUGCAGAUGACUCAGGUCAGAUGUUCCACUGCCAUAAGGCGCUACUUUCUGCCAGGAGCGCGUAUUUCCAGAUCAUGUUCACAGCCGAUAUGAAGGAGAGAUCCAACAGCGUCAUCAAGCUGGCUGGGGUGGACUGCGAGGUUCUGGCGAUUUUGAUCGACUACGUUUACACGGCUCAAGUGAGCAUUACUGAGAAGAACGUGCAAAGUCUGCUGGAGGCCGCAGACCUGCUGCAGUUCGUCUCAGUUAAACGCGCAUGCGAACGCUUUCUCGUUCGUCUACUGGAUGUGGACAACUGCCUGGGUAUGCAUGCGUUCGCUAAACUUCACGUGUGCCCUCGACUCGAGCGUGAAGCCAGCAGAGUGAUCCAGAGCAGGUUUGCAGAACUGAUCCGACAGGAGGAGUUCCUUGAGCUGGAUCCAAAUAGGAUACGGACACUUCUGGAUGCUCAGAUGCUUAGCGUGCCAAGGGAUGAAGUGCUGAUUGACGCAGUAGCCAAAUGGGUGAUACACGAUUUAGAGAACCGCAUUCAUCACGCUGUGGACUUGCUGCGGUCUAUCCAUUUGGACCUCGAAGAGAGUGACUUCAAGACUACCUCGGAGCUGUACAGGCAAUGCUUAGAGGGGGGCAACGAGAGAUUUAAGUCAAUGAUCAAGCAGGGUUCGAAACUCAAAAGUAAGGCCAUCGCUGGUGGGAAAACAAACAUGUACAUUAUUGGAGGAUACUACUGGCACCCUCUUUGUGAAGUUCACAUAUGGGAGCCCACGAGCGACACCUGGUUAAGAGGAAAAGACAUGCCGGACAAUGCCAGGGAGAGCUACAGUGUAGCUUCACAAGGGGCAGAUAUCUAUGUAACUGGAGGUUACAGAACCAACACAGUCGAAGCCCUUGAUACUGUUUUUAUUUAUAACUGCGACUAUGACGAAUGGACGGAGGGCUGCCCCAUGAUCACAGCCAGAUACUACCAUUGUUCUGUUGCUUUGCAUGGCUGCAUUUAUGCAAUUGGAGGCUACAGAGGAGGAGCUCCAGAGCAGGAGACAGAAUUUUAUGAUCCACUGAAAAAGGAAUGGUUUUCUGGGGCAAGAAUGAUCCAAGGUGUAGGAAAUGCCACUGCUUGUGUGAUGGGAGAUAAAAUCUACGUGACUGGAGGCCACUAUGGGUUCAGAGGAAGUUGCACCUAUGAAAAAAUCCAAGUCUAUAGGCCAGACAUUAGCGAGUGGAGCAUCAUUACAAUAAGCCCUCAUCCAGAGUAUGGUCUUUGUUCUGUAUCUCUGGAGAACAAACUUUAUUUGGUGGGUGGACAAACAACAAUCGCAGACUGCUUUGACACGCAGAGAGGGGAAUGGAGCUCAAUAUCAGUGAUGAAGGAGAGGAGGAUGGAGUGCAGCGCUGCAGUGAUAAACGGUUGUAUCUAUGUGACAGGUGGAUACUCAUACUCGAAGGGGACAUAUCUGCAAAGCAUUGAGAAGUAUGACCCACAACUGGAUACAUGGGAGAUUGUCGGGGUGCUUCCCAGUCCAUCCAGAUCGCAUGGUUGCGUCUGUGUAUACAGUGUAUGA